AUGGGAAAUUGUAUUCAGAAGUGUCUUCAACAACCCGACGAACCAGUUGGCAUUGCUCAACCUCCCACAGGGCUCAAUGAGAUCGAAAUUUCUCAUCCCCAGAAAGUUUCUAAAACUCUUCGAGACAAGAAUUUAUCUUCUUUACAUACAAAGAAAGGUGGAGUCUAUGAGAUCCGCUUCCCCAAUCAAGGGAAAUCUUCUAAACCACUUGGGAAGACAUCUUCAUCAAUCUCUUUAAACACACGGGAUGAAAGAAUCAAUGGAAUUCAAAUCUCUCAUCCUGGGGAAACUUCAAAACCAGUACUGCAGGAGAGAAAUUCGUUGGUUCCUUCAAAUACCAAGAAAGGAGUCGAUGAGAUUCAAAUUUCUCAUUCUGGACCGGCUUCUUUGAAUAUACGAAAAGAUGAGAGAUAUGGCACUUAUGAUUCCUUGAAGAUGAGCAUGAAAGCUGAUCAGGUGCUUCAGUCCUAUAAGCUCAACUUCUUUUGCUAUAAUACUCUGAAGAUUGCCACCCAGAGAUUCAGUGAUAAGAAUCUACUAGGCCGAGGUGGCUGCGGCGAGGUAUAUAAAGGAUGGAUCCAUUAUUGCACCAUGAAUGCUGCAAAACCAGGCGAUGGAUACCCAAUUGCAGUAAAGAAGCUCAGAAAGGAAGGAGCUCAAGGCCAAGAGGAAUGGGAGAAUGAACUAAAAUUUUUGAGCAGAUUUAACCAUCCAAAUCUGGUGAAGCUCAUAGGUUACUGUUCCGACAUUAAGCACAAAUUUUUAGUGUAUGAGUACAUGCCUAAGGGAAACUUGGAAACCAAUCUUUUGAAAGAAAGGGAUACAGAGCUAAAUUGGAGAAGGAGAAUAAAAAUUGCUGUUGGAUCAGCCAAGGGAUUGGAGUAUCUUCACAGUUCUGGAAGGCCAAUCAUUCAUCGCGAUAUUAAGCCGACCAAUAUUCUUCUUGAUAAUGACUUCACUCCCAAGAUUUCAGAUCUCGGAAUAGCUAAGUUUGGCCCCCAAGGUGACAAGACACACAUCUCUACCAGGAUCCUUGGCACUCGAGGCUACUACGCUCCCGAGUACAUAGCAACAGGCCAUUUAACACUAAAAAGUGAUGUAUACAGUUUUGGAGUAGUGCUACUAGAGAUCCUCACUGGCUCUGCUGCAGUUAAGAGACAUGUAGAUGGAGGUGCUGGGGAACUUGCACAGUGGGCAAUAAGAAACCUCAACAGCAAGCAAAAACUUCAUCGUAUAAUCGAUAAGAGACUCAGAAGGAACUUUCAUAUUGAAGAAGCUCGUGAAUUUGCAAAAAUCGUACUCUGGUGCCUCGACAUGAAUCCAAAAUCCCGGCCAACAAUGACAGAAGUGUUGAGUUGUCUGGAACAGCUUGAGCGGAAGAUGAAUAGCAGGAAUCAGAACUCAAUCAGCAUUACUUCAAACCCUCAAACACGCCUUCGGUCUCAAUUACUUAUAACUAAUAUAAUCUAGCUCAUUAAUCUUGUAGGUCACAAAUGUGAGAUGCUUUAGAGCUUAGAAUUGUGCUUCACUUACAUUCCAAUUGUUCUUUAAGCAAUAAGAAUGUCAAAAAAAAUUGUAUAUUUCCCACGAAUAGGGUCCAGAUUCAACCAAUGUCCGCUCAAGCAUGGUCAAAUGCUCUGCCAUAUUGGUAUGAGCAUUAAACCAGCCAAUACUUCCAAAUUAAGAGGUUUACGACCUCCACAGUUACUUUAUAUACAAACGCACCCACGCGCGGGGGGGGAGGAAUAUUACCUUCAAAAAGAAAAGGUGCGAGCGCCUACAUUCUACACACUUAGCAAAUGAUACUUACAAGUUGGGCUAAAAUGGACCAUAUCAAAUCACAAAGAUGAAUUGGGAAAAAAAUAAUCACAGAUCAGGUAUAGACAAGUUAAAACAAGAAAAAAAAAUGAUUACUACCAAUGAAGGAGCUUAAUAAACUCAGGGAAUAUAUAUGGUGACAUUAUGUUCUGCAGAUUGUACUAUUUUUGUGAAAAUAUAAGCCCAUACAUCAAGAUAGGAAUAUAAACAAGAAAAGAUAGAAAGUAAAAAACAAAAUUGACAACAAAAUACCCUACUGAAUGAUAAAUUCCUCAGGCUCAUCGUACACGUGGACAUUGCCGGUGUGAUGGCAAGGGGGAAACUGACGGUGUCAGAUUCAGAGGUGAUCUGUGUUGGCCCAAAGGUGACUUGCAGGCAGGACUGUAAACAGUCUGAUGUGCUGGUUGGGAGUCUUUGGCUGGAUUGGGGGCUUGAAGCUGUUCUAGUAUCGUUAACACCUGAGCCAUCCGUGGCCUGACCUUAGGUUCGGUACUUAGGCAGUGCAAAGCAAGUGUAGCAGCCAUAUGGGCUCCUUUCUGGGGGUACUGGCCUUCCAACUUGGUGUCCAUAAUCCGAAAUACUUUUCGUUUGCUACCCAAAUAUGGAUUUGCCCAAUCCACAAGAUUCUGCUCUAUACCAACUUUUGAUUUAUCAAUAGCACGUCGUCCAGACAAUAGUUCUAGCAAAACAACCCCAAAGCUGUAGACAUCACUUUUUGCUGU